AUGAGACAGAGCGGCGCCUCCCAGCCCCUGCUGAUCAACAUGUACCUGCCAGAUCCGGUCGGAGAAGGUCUCUUCAAGGAGGGGAAGAGCCCGGGGUGGGGGCCGCUGAGCCCUGCGGUACAAAAAGGCAGUGGGCAGAUCCAGCUGUGGCAGUUUUUGCUGGAGCUGCUGGCGGACCGUGCCAACGCAGGCUGCAUCGCGUGGGAGGGUGGCCACGGCGAGUUCAAGCUCACGGACCCGGACGAGGUGGCGCGGCGCUGGGGCGAGCGCAAGAGCAAGCCCAACAUGAACUACGACAAGCUGAGCCGCGCGCUGCGCUACUACUACGACAAGAACAUCAUGAGCAAGGUGCACGGCAAGCGCUACGCUUACCGGGAGGGUGACUGUGUCCCCCCACUUCCUCUAACUUCCAUCUUCUUCUAG